AUGGUGUUGCCUCCAAGAGCAUAUCUACAUACCCUCCUUAUUGCGUUUUCCUGUGUGCUUCUUCUUGCCGAUGCUCAGAGAACAGACCCUUCAGAAGUCACUGCUUUACGUUUAGUUAAGACAAGUUUAGUUGAUCCUAAAGAGAAUUUGAGAAACUGGAACAGAGGAGACCCUUGCAGAUCAAAUUGGACAGGAGUUAUCUGCUUUAAUGAGAUUGGCACUGACGACUACCUGCAUGUCCGAGAACUCCUGCUGAUGAAUAUGAAUCUCUCCGGGAGUUUGUCACCAGAACUCCGAAAAUUAGUUCAUCUCGAAAUAUUAGAUUUCAUGUGGAACAAUUUGAGUGGCUCAAUUCCAAAGGAGAUAGGACAGAUUACAUCCCUGGUACUCUUGCUGCUCAAUGGAAACAAACUUUCAGGGCCUUUACCAAGCGAACUCGGCUAUCUUUCAAACCUGAACAGGUUCCAGAUAGAUGAGAAUAACAUCACAGGACCAAUACCAAAGUCUUUUUCCAACCUGAAAAAAGUGAAACACAUUCACUUCAACAAUAAUUCGUUGAGCGGCCAGAUUCCAGUUGAGCUUUCCAAUCUUACAAACAUCUUUCACGUGCUGCUAGACAACAACAAUUUAUCUGGAAGUCUCCCACCACAAUUCUCUGCAUUGCCAAACCUGCAAAUUCUGCAACUGGAUAAUAACAACUUCAGUGGAUCCGAUAUCCCAGCGUCAUAUGGAAACUUUUCGAGUAUACUGAAGCUGAGUCUUAGAAAUUGUAGUUUGAAAGGGACUCUUCCUGAUUUUAGCAGGAUGCGUCAUCUCAAAUACGUGGAUCUUAGCUGGAAUGAGCUCACAGGACCUUUGCCUUCCUCUAACUUUUCAAAGGAUGUGACAACCAUUAAUUUAUCAAACAACAUGCUCAACGGAUCCAUUCCUCAGAGCUUCUCAGAUCUCCCUUUGCUUCAGAUGCUGUUGCUGAAGAACAAUUUGUUAUCUGGAUCUGUCCCUGAUUCCCUCUGGCGGAAUAUCUCAUUACCGAAGAAGGCUAGACUUCUACUUGAUCUCAGGAAUAAUACUCUGUCACAUGUUGAAGGAGAUCUAACUCCUCCGGAAAAUGUCACUUUAAGGCUUGAUGGUAAUCCAAUUUGCAAGAACAGAAGCAUAUCAAACGCAGGCCUCUUCUGUGAGUCCUUAGGGAAGGAGUGGACAUCGCUACCAAUCAACUCAAGUAAUCCUGCGUUAGACUGUCCUCCUCUAGCCUGUCCCACUCCUGACUUCUACGAAUACAGUCCAGCAUCCCCUUCACAAUGCUUUUGUGCAGCGCCUCUCAGGAUCGGAUAUCGUCUUAAAAGUCCGAGUUUCUCAUACUUCCCUCCAUAUACUGAUCAAUUUGGCAAGUAUGUUACCGAUUUCCUUCAAAUGGAACCAUAUCAACUCUGGAUCGACUCAUAUCAAUGGGAGAAAGGGCCUCGUAUGAGGAUGUAUCUGAAACUUUUUCCAAAAGUUAAUGAAAGCUAUUCGAGAACAUUUAACACGAGUGAAGUUCUCAGAAUCCGAGGCAUAUUCGCAUCAUGGAGAUUUCCUGGUAGUGACUUAUUCGGCCCGUAUGAGCUGCUCAACUUCACUCUGCAGGGGCCUUAUUCAUAUGUUAACUUCAAUAGUGAAAGGAGAGGCGUAAGCUGGGGACGUGUGGCUGCAAUAACUGCAGGGGCUGUGGUGACUGCUGUUGCAAUCUCCACUCUUGUUGCGGCCUUGUUGCUUAGAAAAUACAGCAAGCAUGGGCGUGAGAUAUCUAGAAGACGAUCUUCCUCCUCGAAGGCUUCCUUGUUGAAUUCUGGGGUAACAAGCUUUAGUUUCAAAGAACUAGCAGAGGCCACCGACCAUUUUAGUAGCUCAGCUUUGGUUGGGCGCGGAGGCUAUGGAAAGGUUUAUAGAGGUGUGUUAUCUGACAAAACAGUUGCUGCAAUAAAGCGAGCAGAUGAAGCGUCAUUGCAAGGUGAGAAGGAGUUCUUGAAUGAAAUAGAGUUGCUCUCGAGGUUGCAUCAUCGGAAUCUAGUGUCACUAAUCGGUUAUUGUGACGAAGAAGGCGAGCAGAUGCUGGUGUACGAAUUCAUGCCAAAUGGCACCCUGCGCGACUGGUUGUCUGCUAAAGGGAAGGAGGCAUUGAGCUUUGGGAUGAGGAUUCGCGUUGCGUUGGGAGCAGCCAGGGGUAUUCUCUACCUUCACACAGAAGCCAACCCGCCAGUGUUCCACCGAGACAUCAAAGCCAGUAACAUCCUCCUUGACCCCAACUUCAAUGCAAAAGUUGCAGACUUUGGACUGUCCCGGCUUGCCCCUGCUUUGGAGGACGAAGAGGAAGUGCCUAAACACGUCUCCACGGUUGUUCGCGGGACUCCAGGGUACCUGGAUCCAGAAUACUUCCUGACGCACAAGCUGACGGACAAGAGCGACGUGUACAGCAUGGGAGUUGUGUUCUUGGAGCUGCUGACCGGUAUGCACGCCAUAUCCCAUGGCAAAAACAUCGUGCGAGAGGUGAAGACGGCGGAGCAGAGGGAUAAGAUGGUGUCGAUGAUAGACAAGAGAAUGGAGCUGUGGUCGAUUGAAAGCGCAGAGAAGUUUGCGGCAUUGGCACUGAGGUGUAGCGACGACUCACCGGAGAUGAGGCCGGCGAUGGCGGAGGUGGUGAAAGAGCUGGAGGCACUGGUCCAGGCAAACCCGGAGAGAAUGGACACGCCGUCUUCCUCGUCGGUGCUCUCAACAUCAUCGUCGAAUGUGACGAGAGACCUUCACGAUUCGUCGAGCCUUUUAGGAAGCGAUCUGAGCAGCGGCGUUGUUCCCAGCAUCGCUCCUCGCUGA